AUGAGUUCUCAACUUGGACAUGAAUCGAGCGUCAGCUCCCCGCUUUCUUACAAGACUGAUAGCAAUGCCUUCACCAGGGAAUAUGCAGAGUCUCUGGAUGCACAGGACCCUUUGCGUGAUUUUCGAAAGGAAUUUAUUAUACCCUCUAAAGUUGAUCUGAAAAGGAAAACUUUAGCAAUUGACGAUAGUUCCAAGGAUGAGUCUGACCCCAGGUGUAUAUAUCUCUGUGGAAACUCAUUGGGCGUUCAGCCUCGCAAUGCCCGCAAGUACAUUGAUUAUUACCUACGAACAUGGGCUAUCAAGGGCGUAACUGGGCAUUUUCUCCCGCACGAGGACCAAUUGCUUCCACCAUUUGUUGACGUCGAUGACGCGGGUGCGAAGCUCAUGGCGCCAAUUGUGGGAGCUUUGGAAAGUGAAGUGGCAGUCAUGGGCACGCUGACGGCGAACCUACACUUCUUGAUGGCGAGCUUCUACCGCCCGACCCAGGAGAGGUAUAAGAUUAUCUUGGAAGGAAAGGCGUUCCCAAGUGACCAUUACGCUAUCGAGUCACAAAUUCGCCACCACAAUCUUCGCCCAGAGGAUGCCAUGGUUCUCAUCGAGCCGGAAGAUCGCUUGAAGCCGAUUCUGCGAACGGAGCAAAUCCUCCGGGUUAUUGAUGAACAUGCCUCAAGCACAGCGCUUGUGCUCCUUUCUGGUAUUCAGUUCUAUACAGGACAGUACUUCGAUAUCGAGAAGAUUACCGCGCAUGCCCAAUCCAAGGGGAUCCUCGUUGGCUGGGACUGUGCGCAUGCAGCAGGCAAUGUUGACCUGCGCUUGCACGACUGGAAUGUAGAUUUUGCUGCAUGGUGCAAUUACAAGUACCUCAACAGUGGUCCGGGUGGGAUGGCAGCUUUGUUCGUGCAUGAGAGACAUGGCCGAGUCGAUAUGGACAAGGUUGGCAGUGAUGAGGAGCCAUUUCGUCCGCGCCUCUCAGGUUGGUGGGGAGGCGACAAGAAGACUCGCUUCCUUAUGAACAACAACUUCCUUCCGCAGACAGGUGCUGCAGGAUUCCAGCUAUCCAAUCCUUCCGUUCUGGAUAUGAAUGCGGUUGUGGCGUCACUUGAGUUGUUCAAUCGGACGUCAAUGGCUGAAAUCCGACAAAAGUCCUUGAACGCCACUGGCUACUUGGAGCAUCUCCUUCUGAACUAUCCUGCAGACUUCUCCACUGGGAAGCGACCUUUCUCCAUCAUUACACCUUCGAACCCAGCAGAACGUGGUGCACAACUCAGUUUGCUGUUGGAACCGGGUCUUCUGGAUAGCGUCUUGGAGACACUAGAAGAACACGGGGUUGUAGUCGACGAAAGGAAGCCCGACGUCAUCAGAGUUGCACCGGCACCUCUGUACAACACGUACACGGAGUACCCAACAUACAGAACAUAG